AUGAAAAAUAAAAAUGUGUAUUUCUAUAUACCGAAUAUCAUUGGCUACAUUCGGGUUAUUUUAGCUCUGUGGGGCUUUAUGAUAUGUCGGAAGAACCUAAUUUUGUUUGGCUUCCUUUACGGAACGAGUCAAAUACUAGAUGCCUUUGAUGGAUGGACAGCGAGAAAGUUUAAUCAAACUUCUGUAUUCGGCCAAAUAUUAGAUCAAAUCACGGACAGACUGUCGACAACCCUUCUGUACCUGCUCAAUGGAAACGUCUACGAUGAGUACAUCAUUGCGAUUGGACUAAUCAUGAUUGCCGACAUAGGAGGGCACUACUUUCACUCAUCAUCAUGCGCCAUAGCGGGAAAUAAAACGCACAAGAAAAUCGAGAAGGGAAAUCGGCUGCUGAAGCUGUACUACGAGAGGCCGGUCGUCAUGGUCAUUUGCAUCAUCGCCUACGAGUCCUUCUGGUUUGCCGCCUACAUGUUUAAGGUUACCCCCAAAAAUGACAUCCUCCACAUAAUAGCCCAUUACGCCCUACUAUUUUCCUCCCCCCUGGCGGCAUUUAAAAUGUUCACGAACAUCUCGCAGGGAAUACACGGCGUAAAAUGCCUCGUGGAUAUGGACAAUAAGAAGAAAUGA